AUGAACCACAAUUACACCAAGCCCAGCACACCCAACAAGUCAAGUGGAAGCAAACAAAGUCUAUUCAACUACUUUCGAAAGGUCAGCCAUGACAAUGACAAGCAACCAUCACCGAGCACACCAAAGCCAACAGCCAAUGCCAAAGCCUUUAUCGAAUUGACUGAGGAUGACGAUCUCAUUAUGCUUGACGACAAGCCAAAGGCAUCAACAAUAACGCUUGGUCGUAGCAACAGCAGUAUCAAGAAGCAACAAAACAACAACGCUGGCCAUGAUAAACAAGGCUUUAUCAGCAGUGGGAUGUUGAAGAGUAUCUCGACCACACCAUCAUCAACAGUGAAUACCAGCUACAAGGGAAGGCCCAACUUUUCUAGUCUUACAGCUCACAACGACCCUUUGUCAUCAUCGGCAAUCACUAGCAACAACCGAGUGACGCCUAUCAAACGCACUGCACCGAUAUCACGUGCUUCAGGUCUUGAUUUGACACAGCACAAUUCACAAUCACAAAAGAGUUGGUCGGUGGGUGCAUGGAAAGCGACAGCUACCAACAAUGCCACGCCAUUCAAAUCAGCAUAUGACAAUCCAAAACGCCCUCGUUAUACCUUGGAUCAACCGGAUUAUUCGAAGCAACAACGUCGUGUAUUACCAACAUCCUUUGAUCAGCUACGUUCUAAGCACUUGUAUAAUGGCAAAGACAAUGCACGCAUGGGUGAUCUUGCCUCCACUUCGUAUCAAUCACGUUCAACGACAUCCUCCUCCUCCUCUUCCUCCGCUUCCUCCUACAAUAAGAAUUAUUCCUCGUCACGAUCAUCAUCAUCGCCAAAACCACCCAGCGCCAGCAAUCAAUCAGCACCCAAAUUGUCACCGGAGCAACAGCACGUAUUCGACAUUGUUGUGAAUGCCAGGCAAAGCGUCUUUUUUACAGGCUCGGCUGGUACGGGCAAAUCGGUUUUGUUACGAGCCAUCAUUGAAAAGCUUCGAUCCAUUCAUGGUACGGGUGUGGCGGUCACAGCAUCAACAGGCAUUGCUGCUUGUAACAUUUCUGGAUGCACUCUACACAGUUUUUCAGGCAUUGGAUUAGGAAAAGAGAGUGCCUCGGUUUUGGCUGAAAAGGUGAUGUCCAUCAAGAAGAAAAAGGAAAACUGGAUCAAUACAAGAGUGUUAAUCAUUGAUGAGAUUUCUAUGGUGGAUGGACAACUCUUUGACAAGAUUGAAUAUGUUGCUCGGGCAGUGCGUCAAAAUAGUGCUCCUUUUGGUGGUCUUCAGGUGGUGAUCACAGGUGAUUUCUUCCAAUUACCACCGGUGAGCGGCAAAGGUGGUCCACCAGCUCGUUUUGCAUUUGAAGCCGAGACAUGGAAUUCCGUUGUCAAGCGAACCAUCAUGCUGAAGCAAGUCUUUCGUCAAAAGGAUGAGACCUUUGUCAAGAUCCUUAAUGAAAUGCGUGUUGGCAAGCUAUCACCCGAAGCACUUUCUACCUUCCAAUCUCUUGCACGUUUACCGGAUUCGCAUUCCAAGCUUAAGCCUACUGAACUUUAUCCAUUGAGGGACAGCGUAAAUUCAGCCAAUCGAACGCGUCUUGAAAGCUUGCCAGGUGAACCCAUUGUCUUUACAGCACGUGAUUAUGGCAGGGUGAAUGCGGAUCAUUUCAUGGCUCCCGAUGUGCUUCAUCUCAAAGUCAACGCCCAAGUCAUGCUUUUGAAGAAUAUGGAUCAAACUUUGGUAAAUGGGUCUAUGGGUAUCGUCAAAGGAUUUGCUGGUGAAGGCAUCUAUGCGGAUCCCAAAAAGGUGAAGCGUUACUUGCUACCCAACAAGUACCAAGGUCAACAAGAAGAAGAGCCUGAUGUGGAUGGCAUGAUGCGUCGAAAGCUUCCUAUUGUGGAAUUCAUGAAUGGGCGUACGAUCGUGAUCGACAAUGAAUCAUGGUCCAUUGAAAUGCCAAAUGGUGAAAUUGUAGCUUCAAGAACUCAACUUCCAUUGAUGCUUGCAUGGGCCAUGUCUAUACACAAGAGUCAAGGACAAACAUUGGAUAGUGUCAGGGUUGAUUUGGGCAAGGCAUUUGAAAAGGGACAGGCCUAUGUGGCUCUUUCUCGUGCGACAUCACUUGAAUCAUUGCAAAUUGUCAAUUUCAAUCCAUCCGUGGUCAUGUGUCAUCCAAAGGUCACUCAAUUUUACAAGCUCAUUGAAGGCAUGACAUGA